UUAAACACUCUUUGAAUGAUCUUUGGAGAGUGUAUCGGCGGUCACUUGCCAAUGAAUCGUCUGUGGAGACAGACAAAUUUCCUGUGGGAAUGGUAUACUUGAAGUCAAUUCCGUUAAGAUCUGUUUGUAAUUCAUUGCUACUCAAAGACACGUGGUCAGUCACCCCGGGUCACUGUGCAGCGAUGCGCACCGAUCCUGACAUGUCGCACUCGCUGCUAUUAUGGAGAGUCAAAUACUCAGCUGGCGACAAAUUUCUGGUCCCCAGUGGCCUCGAAUUGAGCGACGAUACGUUGCAAGCGCAUGCAAAUAGAAUGAUAAUGGUCGGCUGGAUAUCUCACUUGCAGAUGCAGGGAGGUGAAAGCCCGCAUCUUAGCACCUUUGAUAUGAAACCUGUAAUGUCAGAGAAAUGUAUGCAAUUCAUGUCUCCAAUCAUUGACAUGAGAAGCUAUGAGUUUUGUAUCCUACUGCAGCAAAGAACAAACGAUCCGCCAGGUUCGUACUAA